AUGGCAGGGCUCUCGGUUGCAGAUCUUCGGCAGUUGAUCGCCGCCACAGCGGAGGCCAACAAGGCCACGGCAGAAGCGGGGCAAGCCAACGCCGCCCGGAUCACCGACCUCAACGCCACGCUCGACCGAUUGGCGCUCUCCCAGCAGGAGCUCGUGCGCCACACCACCAAGGUCGACAACACACUCGACCGAGUGAUUCAGGCCAACACCGCCUUGGAUCUCUCCGUCUCCGACCUGAAGCAGUCGAUGGAGCUGGUAGCCACACGCCUCGCCACAGUGGAGAAGGCGCGGACCACGCUCUCGACCCCGGGCACCGCCGAACUAUACCCGGGUUCGCUUCGGCCCAGCGGGCGCCGUUCAUCGCAUCAACACCAGGGUGUUGGUACUGCUGAGGCUCAGCCCUCCAGUCACGCCCUGGUCAGGGGUGAGCAUGCUUUAACUACAGCUGAUCAUUUCACUUUGUCUGAUGAGGAUGACGAAUUGGAGCACACUGAGUAUGAUCAUGUCACCUCACACCGCCCACAGUCAGGUCCAAAAUUGCCUCGAUCUGAUUUUCCCCAUUUCGACGGUGACAACCCGAAAUGGUGGAAGAAAAGUUGUGAGAAAUAUUUCAAAUUAUACAGCGUCCAGCAGCGUUUGUGGGUUGAUUUUUCCACCAUGCAUUUCAAAGGGAAUGCAGCAUUAUGGUUGCAGACCUAUGAGGCAUUACAUAGCAUUGCUACAUGGCCAGAGAUGUGUGUAGGUGUUUUUGCUAAGUUCAAUAGGGAUAAGUACGGCAAAAUUAUGGACAUGUUUUUUGCACAUAGGCAAACAGGAAGUGUAGAUGAGUAUGCUCACAAAUUUGAUGAACUCAUGCAUAAGAUUUUGCUGUAUAAUCAUGCAUAUGAUGAAACCUUCUUUGUUAGGAGAUUCAUAGUUGGUCUUAAGUCUGACAUUCGUCGAGCUAUUAAAUUACACAACCUUGGCACAGUUGAUCUCGCGUAUUCUAUGGCUCAAACGCAGGAAACUCUAUUGGUGGAAGACACUCAAAUGGUCAGCAACAAGUACAGUCAGCGUGAUGCUCUGCAGAUCAGAUAUAAGCACAAUGGACAACUCCCUGGUUUCCUUGGACCUACUCCUGAUGAUAAGAAGCCUGACAGCAAACCUCCGCAGACACUAGCAAGGUUUGAUUUUCUACGGGCUCAACGCCGUGCCAAGGGAGAAUGCUUUAAGUGUGGAGAGAAAUAUUCUCCCACCCAUAAGUUCCCAACUCAGAUCCAGUUGAAGGUGUUAGAGGAAAUUCUGGAAUCUCUUCAGAUAGAGGAGCCAACUCCAAUAGAGACAGAUACAGAUACCUCUGCGCCGGGAGGAGACGACACUGACACUGAAAAGAUGAUGAAGUUGUCAGUCCAAGCUAUGUCAGGAACAACAAGCAGGAGAAGUAUGAGACUCUCUAGCACAUUCAUUAGCCAACAGCUAGCUGACCGGCUACAGUACACAGCCACAGAUAUACCACCAGCUAAAGUGCAUGUUGCGGGGGGUGGAAAACUAGCAUGUACAAAAGUGUUACCUGAAGUAACCUGGCAUACACAAGGGCAUCAGUUUGUUACUGACCUAAAAAUUCUGCCUCUCACAUCUUAUGAUAUGAUUUUGGGAAUGGAUUGGUUGGAGUGCCAAAAUGAUGGCAAAAUGUGGAUAAAUUGGAAGAAAAAGAUGAUGCGGUUCAAGCAUCAGGGCAAGAGAAUCACACUCCGUGGAGUUCAGCACACCAUGGACACUUGCACAAUGAUCUCUGCAUCCAGUAUGCAUGGAUUACUACAGAGUGGUGAAGCAUGUCAAAUUCUAGAGUUGCAUCAUAUUGAGGAUGCAACAACAGCUCUUGACCAGGCAGUGCCAGCAGAAGUUCAGGCAGUGCUCCAACGGUAUCAAGCACUGUUUGAGGAUCCAAAAACCCUACCGCCACACCGCAGAUAUGACCAUACAAUUCCUUUGCUCCCCUGCACAAAACCAGUGAAUGUCAAGCCCUAUCGCUAUGCUCCUCAUCAGAAGUCAGAAAUAGAGAAGCAGGUGGCCGACAUGAUAGCCAGAGGGAUAAUCCAAGAAAGCACUAGCCCUUUCGCCUCUCCAGUACUUUUGGUUCGCAAGAAGGAUGGAACAUGGCGGUUCUGCAUUGAUUACCGUGCACUGAAUAGCAUCACACUCAAAAACAAGUACCCAAUACCGGUGGUAGAUGAGCUAUUGGACGAACUGGCAGGAGCACAGUGGUUCACCAAACUGGACCUCCGUUCUGGUUAUCAUCAGAUCAGACUUGCCCCAGCAGAUGAGCACAAGACCGCCUUCAAGACUCAUCAAGGGUUGUUUGAAUUCAAAGUAAUGCCCUUCGGCCUUACAAAUGCACCAGCCACAUUCCAAGCAGCGAUGAAUUCCAUGUUUGCACCUCUCAUCAGGAAGAGCAAGUGCAUGUUUGCACAACAACAACUCGAGUAUUUGGGGCAUAUUACCAGCAAAUCUAGUGUAGCUACUGAUCCUAGCAAGAUAAAAGCAGUGCAAGAAUGGCCUGUGCCAACUAAUGCCAAGCAAGUGCGAGGUUUUCUGGGCCUCACAGGAUACUACAGGAAGUUCAUACAACAUUACAGCUUGAUCAGCUGCACGUUGUCAGAUCUGCUCAAAAAAGACACGACGUUCAGAUGGAAUGCAACAGGGCAGCAGGCCUUUGACCACCUGAAGCAAAAAAUGCUGGCAGCACCAGUCCUGGCCUUACCCAACUUUGUUGUACCAUUCACUAUUGAAACCGAUGCGUCAAAACGAGGUGUUGGAGCAGUCCUCAUGCAAUCCGGGCACCCAGUGGCAUAUUUGAGCAAAGCACUAGGGCCGGUAGCUCAGACACUAUCCACAUAUGAAAAGGAGUGCCUGGCUAUACUGCUAGCAGUCGACAAAUGGCGACAGUACCUGCAACAUGCGCCGUUCACAAUUGUCACUGACCACAGAAGCUUAGUGCAUCCGUCUGACCAAAAAAUCACCACAGAGAUGCAACAGAAAGCGUUCGUGAAACUAAUGGGCUUGCAAUACAAAUUAGUAUACCGCAAGGGUAAAGAUAAUACUGCAGCGGAUGCUCUCUCCAGGAACCCAGCUGCCAAUGAACUAUAUCACAUUUCUGUAGCCAAACCAAGAUGGCUCGAGAUCAUUGCAGAAGGAUACCUCAAGGAUCCAAAAGCACAGCUACUUCUACAAGAAUUAAGCUUGCACAACCCAAAUGAGAGAGGCUAUGCUUUGUGCCAGGGAAUCAUACGAUUCAAGGAUCGCAUUUGGCUUGGUAACAAUCCUGAAGCUCAUCAGGCCAUUCUUUUAUCCCUACAUUCCAGUGGUGUGGGAGGUCACUCGGGAUUCUUGGGAACAUAUCAGAGAAUUAAAGCAUUGUUUGCUUGGCCCAAGAUGAAGGCACAUAUCAAGGCAUAUGUGCAACAAUGUCAGACAUGCCAGCAAGCCAAAGGAGAACAUGUUAAAUUGCCUGGCUUGUUGAAUCCCUUACCAGUACCAACAGAAGCUUGGAAUGUCAUUAGUAUGGAUUUUGUCGAAGGAUUACCAAAAUCUGGCUCAUUCAACUGCAUUCUGGUCGUCAUCGACAAGUUCACCAAGUAUGGACACUUCAUUCCAUUGGCACACCCAUAUACAGCUCCCACAGUGGCAGAAAAGUUUAUUGAUACAGUCUACAGACUGCAUGGCCUACCGUCAGUGAUCAUUUCUGAUCGAGAUCCAGUCUUCACCAGCAAGGUUUGGCAGGCGCUAUUCAAGCUCUCGGACACGAAGAUGAACAUGAGCACAGCCAACCAUCCACAAACCGACGGACAGACGGAGAAGAUGAAUCAAUGUCUGGAGACAUAUCUCAGGUUCUGCGACGGCGCCAGAUCAAACAUGUCUGCGGCUACAUCUCACGGGCUCUCAUCGCUUGGGAAGGAGCCCCAGAAUCAUUGGCGACAUGGGAACCGGAAGAAGAACUCCGCCGCCAUUUCCCAGGUGCUGCUGCUUGGGGUCAAGCAGCUCUUCAAGGGGAGGGGACUGCUACGACACCAGCCACCAGGCACAGGCGUCGUCGAGACAUUGGACGGGCAAUGGGCCGGCCCAGGAGGCGAGACGUGGAAGGGGUACAGCCCAAGUCGAACGAACCGAAGCUACAAGGGAAGCAAGUCGAGUAGUCGACGGCAUCAAGAACAGAACAGCUGUAAUAGCUUUCCUCUCCUGUCCUCCUCUCCUUCUUCCCCACGCUAA